CACAGCUCGGUUACAGACAGGCUGAAGGUCUUGAGCCAUGUCAGCGUGCUCAGCCCUCCUGAACCGGCGUGUGGCCGGAGGCUGCCGCAGAAUUUGGUCCGGUGUUCCUGGACCACUGGUCCACAUCAGAUCAGCCAGUGCAGCUGAGCCAGGCGCAAGAAGGUCUGAUGAGGACCAACUGUGGGAGGCAGCAGGCCACCCGCCAUUCACCAGAGCCAGGAUAGGAUCGUUCUUUCAGGAAAAGGCGGUGCUGAAGAACCCGUUUCUAGAGGAUGCCUUGCUCAGAGGAUACCUGAGGAGACACCUGCCGCAGGAGGUGGUUUUCUCAGACUUGUGUGCAUUUGGAGAGCGAGUUGCAAAAGAGGUGGACGGUUGGGGCAGAGAGUGCGAGGUCAACCCUCCACGACUGGUGCACUUUGAUCCCUGGGGUCGCAGAGUUGAUCACAUAGUGACCUCCGAGGCCUGGAAACGCAUGAAAGAGCUCUCAGCACAGGAAGGACUGGUCGCCAUCGGCUAUGAGAGAGCAUUUGGGGAGUGGAGUCGUGUGUACCAGAUGAGCAAGUUGUACAUUUUCUCUCCGUCGUCUGGUCUCUACACCUGUCCUCUGGCCAUGACUGAUGGGGCUGCCAAGGUCAUCCAGUCCGUAGGUGUUUCGUGGCCAGUGGAAGAAGCCUACAGUCGUUUGACAACCCGUCAGCCUGAACGUUUCUGGACGUCUGGACAGUGGAUGACUGAGAGACAAGGAGGAUCAGAUGUGGCCAGCGGCACAGAAACAGUGGCUGUCCCCCAAACCGAUGGUUCGUACAAACUACAUGGCUUCAAGUGGUUCACUUCUGCGACAGACGCAGACAUGACUCUCACACUGGCCAGAGUGCAGGACAGAACGGGAGCAACCACAUCGGGCAGCAAAGGUCUGUCUCUGUUUUAUGCAGAGGUGAGUCGAGAUGAGGAUGGCCGACUGAGAGGUAUAGAGGUUCAGAGGCUGAAGGACAAGCUGGGAACACGACAGAUGCCGACUGCUGAGUUACUGCUGGAUGGUCUGCCAGCACACAGGCUGUCAGAUGAAGGCAGAGGAGUGGCCUCCAUAGCUAACAUGCUGACUAUAACCAGGAUCCACAACAGCAUCUCUGCAGCAUCUGCAAUGAGAAGGGUGCUCCAGUUAGCUCGUGACUAUGCCACUCGCCGCACUGCCUUUGGAAAGCUUCUUAAAGACCACCCACUGCACAUGCAGACUCUGGCUAGGAUGGAGGUGGAGACUCGUGGAGCCUUUCUGCUGGUGAUGGACGUGUGUCGCCUGUUGGGCCGAGAAGAAAGCGGCAUAGCGACACAGCUCGAUGCACACCUCCUACGCCUGCUCACUCCUGUGGUCAAACUGUACACUGGGAAGCAGGCGGUGGCUGUGGUGUCGGAGGGUCUGGAGAGCUUUGGAGGACAGGGCUACAUCGAGGACACUGGGUUGCCCGGACUACUUCGUGAUGCACAGGUGUUGAGCAUAUGGGAAGGCACUACAAAUGUUCUUUCUCUGGACGUGUUGCGGUGUGUGGCUCGUAGCUCAGGAAUGGUUCUUCAUGCUUACUUCACCCAUACAAAGUCCCUGCUUGCAGGCGCAUCAAGUGUUUCCUCCCUGGCCCCGGCUGUGAAAGCGGUGGAUGGUUCUCUCUCUGAGCUGGAGGAGUUUGUUCAGGUAGCCGCUACCAGAGGACAGAGCUACCUUGAGCUGGCAGCCAGAGACCUGGCAUACAGCCUGGCGCGCAUCUACACAGGUGCCCUUCUCAUCGACCACGCAUGUUGGAAAGGAGCUUCUCCAUCUGACACCUACGCAGCUCUCAGGUGGUGUGAACAGGACAUGUGUCCUGUGGCAACUAAACAGAAGAGAGGCUGCUAUGAUUCCAGCACUCCACCACUCGAUGCUGCGUUGGUCUACGAUCAGCUGAUAGAUAUCUGAAUGAUUGUUGAAUACUGGUCAAUGUAUGGCUUGAUCUGCUUUCGCUGAGCCCCAGUCUAGCAAAGUGCCACACAGAGUUACUGUAUCCCACGUUUGUAAUUUUAUAGAUGACUGAGAACUCGUGCUAUUAAAGAUGAAAAUGCAGUCCUGAAUAAGCACAUGAAUGAAACUGAGAAUAGGAUUUCAACUGUAAUCUAGUCUGUAUAUAGCAUUUAUGUUGUUUAGUAUUUUUUGUAGUUACUUAUGUAUAUACCGUAUUUACAUUCUUUCCACAAGAAACAUGAAGCUAUAGGUUGACUGUUUAUGAAGCGUACAUGUGAUUUUGGAGGACUGAAUGUUUAAAAAGCACGUAAAUAUAGCGAGACCAGGCUUUUCACAGUCAUGGCCAUUCCCACGGUUAUUCGAUUUCGAAGACUUGAACAAGUAAACAUCAACAGAAUAACAAGAUCACAAGUCAGAGGGAAGAAGGGACCCAAAGCUGAUGCUGCUCUGUUGGAGCGUCACAUACAUGCUGCCUUCUAGUACUGUUGGAAAAACUACAAGUGUGAUCUGAUGCGUGAGCUUCAGAGCUGUUGAAACAAUGGUAACAUAACCUAAUUCUUUUGACUUGUGUUGGGAUGAAUUCUCUUGUGUGUUGAGUCUUUUUGUGUCAUUGUGCCUUCAAGCUGCAUAUCUGAAAUGUAAUUAAAGCAAAACAUGCUGACAGAGCUGCUAAGGGAUGCACAUCUUUUUAAAAACAAAUGAAUAAAGACUACAUUAAAUGCACAA